AUGGAGCUCAACCAAGCUGCAGCAAACUCGACGACGAGCGAUGCACCGGGCAAGAUACCCAAUGAUGGAACCGGCAUCAUCCAACUCGACGGCUAUCUAGAGCCCUUCAAAGACUCCCUCAAGAGCCGCUUCUCAAAGGCCCAGAAAUGGAUCAAGACAAUUGACGAGACAGAGGGGGGCCUGGAAAAGUUCUCGCGGGGUUUCGAAAAAUUCGGCUUCAAUGUCCAGCCCAAUGGCGAUGUCGUAUACCGCGAAUGGGCUCCCAAUGCCCUGCGUGCCUACCUCAUUGGCGACUUCAACAACUGGGACCGCGAUGCGACACCCAUGACCAAGAACGACUUCGGUGUCUUCGAGGUGACGCUUCCUAACAAGGACGGCCAGCCUGCCAUCCCUCACGAUUCCAAGAUCAAGGUCUCAUUUGUAACCCCCAAUGACCACGCCCGCCAGGAGCGCCUCCCUGCCUGGAUCACCCGAGUAACCCAAGACCUCAGCGUCUCCCCCGUAUACGAUGCGCGCUUCUGGAACCCUCCCCAGAAGUAUGUAUGGAAGAACCAGCGCCCACCAAAGCCCAAGAGUGCGCGAAUCUACGAGGCUCACGUUGGUAUAUCCUCGCCCGAGCCAAAGGUUGCUACAUACAAGGAGUUUACACAAAAUAUUCUCCCACGAAUCCAGCGCCUGGGAUACAACACUAUACAGUUGAUGGCAGUCAUGGAGCAUGCCUACUACGCCAGUUUCGGAUACCAGAUCAACAGCUUCUUUGCUGCAAGUAGCAGAUAUGGUCUCCCAGACGACCUCAAAGAGCUCAUUGACACUGCACACGGCAUGGGCAUCACAGUGUUGUUGGAUAUGGUGCACAGCCACGCAUCCAAGAAUGUACUUGAUGGCCUGAACAUGUUUGACGGCAGUGACCAUCUUUACUUCCAUUCCGGUCCAAAGGGACGACACGACCUAUGGGACAGCAGACUGUUCAACUAUGGCCACCAUGAAGUGCUGCGCUUCCUUCUCAGCAACUUGCGCUUCUGGAUGGAGGAGUACCGUUUUGAUGGUUUCCGAUUCGAUGGAGUCACCAGUAUGCUGUACACCCAUCACGGUAUCGGAACGGGCUUCUCUGGUGGCUACCACGAGUACUUUGGCGACUCGGUAGACGAAGAGGCAGUCGUCUAUCUGAUGCUUGCAAACGAGCUAUUGCACACCCUUUACCCUGACUCCAUCACGAUUGCCGAAGACGUCUCUGGUAUGCCUGGUCUCUGUGUGUCACUCUCUCUAGGUGGCAUAGGGUUCGACUACAGAUUAGCCAUGGCCGUACCAGACCUUUACAUCAAGUGGUUGAAGGAGAAGCAGGACAUUGACUGGGACAUGGGCGCCCUUGUCUUCACUCUGACAAACCGACGUCAUGGCGAGAAGACCAUUGCCUAUGCCGAGAGCCACGACCAAGCACUUGUGGGAGACAAGACACUUCUCUUCUGGCUCUGCGAUGCACAGAUGUAUACCAACAUGUCAACGCUCACCGAGUUGACACCUGUGAUUGACAGGGGUCUGUCGCUGCACAAGAUGAUCCGAUUGAUCACUCAUGGUCUCGGAGGCGAAGGUUAUCUCAACUUUGAAGGCAAUGAGUUUGGUCACCCAGAGUGGCUGGACUUCCCCCGUGAAGGCAACAACAACAGCUUCCACUAUGCUCGCCGUCAAUUCAACCUCCCAGAUGACGAACUCCUCCGUUACAAGUUCCUGAACGACUUUGACAGUAAGAUGCAGUGGACCGAGGAGAAGUACGGCUGGCUCCACUCGCCACAAGCCUAUGUCAGUCUCAAGCACGAAGGCGACAAGGUCAUUGUGUUUGAGCGCGCUGGGCUGCUGUGGAUCUUCAACUUCCAUCCUCAGAACAGCUUCACAGACUACCGUGUUGGUGUGGAGCAGGAGGGCACCUACAGGAUUGUACUGAGCACCGAUAGCAAGAUCUAUGGUGGCCACGGAAAUGUGGAUGAAUCAACUAGGUUCUUCACCACUCCCUUCGCCUGGAACAACAGAAAGAACUUUUUGCAAGUUUACAUUCCCAGCAGGACUGCCAUUGUCCUUGCGCUUGAGAGCACUUUGUAG